CGCUCCCCGUCUGCCAGCCUCUCCCCUCCGGGCGGCGGCAGUGCCAGCGCCAUGGGGUGUUUCUUCUCCCGCCGCAGGAAGCCGGCCCAGGGCGGCCAGCAGCAGCAAGCGGGAGCCGGCCAGGACGCGGCGGCCGGCGAGGAGAAGGCGCCUCAGUACAGCUGGGACCAGCGAGCCAAGAUUGACCCCAAAGAUUACACUUUUUCCGGACUUAAAAAUGAAACUGUGGGUCGACUGCCUGGAAAAGUAGCAGGGCAACAAUUUGUCAUUCAGGACUGUGAGAACUGCAGUAUCUACAUAUUUGACCAUUCUGCUACAAUCACUAUUGAUGACUGUGUAAAUUGCCAAAUCUUUUUAGGACCAAUAAAAGGCAGCGUGUUCUUCCGUGACUGCAAAGAUUGUAAAUGCAUAGUUGCCUGCCAACAGUUUCGCACUCGGGACUGCAGAAAGCUGGAGGUAUUCUUGUGCUGUGCCACCCAGCCCAUUAUUGAGUCCUCCACGGGUAUGAAAUUUGGAUGUUUCCAGUACUAUUAUCCUGAGCUGGCUUUACAAUUUAAAGAUGCUGGUCUGAGUAUCUUCAAUAACACAUGGAGCAACAUCCAUGACUUUACCCCUGUGUCAGGAGAAAACAAUUGGGGCCUUUUGCCUGAAACCGCCGUAGUCCAAGAUUAUGUUCCUCUGCCCAGCUCUGAGGAGCUGAAAGCCGUCAGAAUUUCUACUGAUGCUACAAAGAGCAUAGUACCAAUAACUCGAGGGCGGAGACAGAAAAGCAGUGAUGAAUCAUGUUUGGCUGUGUUUUUUGCUGGUGACUACACAACUGCAAACGCCAGGAAGUUAAUUGAUGAGAUGACUGGUAAAGGCUUUCAACUGGUACAAACUAAAGAGGUCUUAAUGAAGGCAGAGGAUGCGCACAGAGUUUUCCAGCAGCAUGCAUCAGAAUUCAUUCCACUGCUUGAAAAAGGUCCGGUGGUUGCUUUGGAGUUCAAUGGAGAUGGUGCUGUGGAAGGAUGUCGAAGCACUAUAAAUGAAGUUUUUAGUGGGACCAGGGUUUUUGUAUCGGAAAGCAAGGUAUCAGCGUCUCAAGAUGUAGACAAUUUCUACAACUUUGCUGACAUGCAGAUGGGAAUGUGAAGUUUAGCAUGAAGGUGUCCACGUAUGGUUUGUCUUGGCACUUGGAUGUCACUUGGCUUGAAUAUUGAAGUAGUUUUGUCAUUUGGUUUUGUAUUUCUCGUAUAUCCUUUUUAUAAAGCUACUGGUGGUUUUAAUACCAUAUUACCUGAGCUGGAGUAAAUGGCAUAGCCCUCCAUGUGCAUUGUGUUUGAAACUUAUGUUUCAACUCCAAAAACAAUUGAGCUUUUCUACUAACUUUUUUACAGUGAUUUCUAAACAUCUGUCGACACUUGAAUGUUUCUUGACAACAUCUAGUGGUUACAAGUAUUUAAAAGUGCAAUGCUGAUCAAAGUUUGAUGCAGUAGUAAUUGUUACCUUUAACUCAGACACAUUGUUUAGAAAGUGCAUUUAUGUGAAACUUGACGCUCAAAACUUUCCCACAUGCAAAUUUGUCUUCACUGGGGGUCCAGGAAGGAAGCUGUAGUCAUUGACUUUUUCUGAAAGCUUAGUCUGAAAUGAAUUGUCCUUAUAGCACACUUUCAAAAAUGGUUUUUGACUUUGGCUUACUCUGCUUCAGCAUAUUUUUUGAAUAAAGUUGUUUGCAGCAGCAUUUAUGCCGAGCCUUGUCACAAAAGCAUUCUGGUAAGUGAGCACUUGCCUGGCUUUUCUGCUUUGAGGUGAAUUCUGAGCAUGAGUGCUCUGCUGAAGCUAUUCUAAGGUCCACUCAGGUUUUCUGGUGAUACAGCUGCCUCUGGCAUUCCCAAGUCACAUAUGAGAUAUACAUGAGGUUCCCUUGGACUCAGAGCAAUAGGUCUCUGGCACCAUUGUUGCUUGCUAGAAGGGACACCCAGUAAUCAGUAGUCAGAGAAGAGCUCUGAUGGCAUUUAAAAACCCCUUUUCUCUGCUAUACCCCAGAAGGCUUUUAUAUUCAGCAGUACUAAAAAUUGGCUGUAAAGUGCUACACACUGCUGUAGGGUUUAUUUUAUAUUAAUUCUAAAAACAGACCGAAGAAGUGCUACUAGCAUUUUUUGAGAUGCAUUUGAAUAGUCAUCAGUAAGAAUCCUUAUUGCUAAACAGUGGAUAGGAGAAUGCAAAUCUAUAUGGAUAUUAAAUACAUGAUUGAUUUAUUUUUGCAUAUUACAUCCUUAUGGAUUUUUCUACAUGAACUUAAAGCUUACGUCCUGGUUUACAAGCCCUCUGUAAUACUUGAACAGAGUGUGCAUGCAGACACAUAAAACCAAAUUUCAUAAUCAAAAUAGUGGCUUGUCAGUUUGCAUAGCUUUUACAAUUCAGUGAAUGGAUUUGGACUGUGUUGAGGUGCUAAACCAUUUCCUCAUUACGGUCAUCUGUCAAAAGGGAAGAUCUUGCACAUCUUAACUGAAAAUGAGUCCUGACUCAUCAUUUUCACAGCUCUGGAGCUCCACAGUGGGUGGCUAAAAACACGUCUAAUUUUUUGGAAUUGGCACAUGAAAGAAUCUGUUCUUCUGGAAUUCAUAAUACUGUAAUGCCGAAGAGAGGUCCUGAACUAUCAUUUUGUUGCUACUAGGCAAAUGCUUGCUAUUAAACUAGAAAAUAUGUCCUUAGGACUUCUUGUUACAGUUAUGCAUUGAUUAAAUAAGGAAGAAUAUCUCCUGAAUAAACUAAACUAAACCAAGGUAAGAAAAAUGCUACUUCUCUGAAAUGUUUUUAUUUGACAAAAUGAAAUAAAAUCAAGCCACUACCAGAAUCCAGCUGGUAGUAGAAAUUGCCAUUUAUUUACACUUAGCCAGCCAGGAUUAAUUUAUUUUUAUUAUAUGUCUGAGGAGAGGCUGCGAAAAGAACUAGAAAUUUUAGAUUGAUCUCUAAAGUACUAGCACAACUCAUCAGUCAACAUUUGCAAGAAUUAAUCUAGAUACAUACAGUAAAUGUAUUAUUUUGGUAUGGACAGUGCAUUAAAAUUUUGUAAUGUACUAAAGAGCUGUCAUUGUAUAAUUUAUCUAAGCAGUGCAGAUAUUGGACUGUUCUAGUUUCUAAACUUUUACAUAUAAUAUUUCCAAAGUUAUACCUUGACACAUGAUUAUGUUUAUAGUUUACUUUUUAUAUCAUCAUUGCUCUGGAAACAAAGUGCUAAAUGGAUUUUUGUGACUAUUUUUACUGAAGGACAGGAUGAUUAAUUGAAAAUUAAUCUAGGCUUGCAACAGUGGAAAAACUUGUCUAUGUGCUAGGAAAGAGCACAGUGUUGCUUUUUUUUAAAAUAUUGAUAGUCUGCUUAUAAACAUAAAGAAUUGUUAAUAAAAAACCCCUAAAUAAUGAAGGAGUUUCUCAAUCCAAUUAUUUGUCUUUUGACUUCCAUUUUUUGCUAACAGGUGUCAAGAACACUUUUAUCCUAAGAGUCAGGUAUUAUAUGCAUUACAGAAUGGUACGUGUUUCAUGUAGUCUUUGUACAUUUCAUGUAGUCUUUGUACUUGUCAUUUGUAUAGCUUUUUAUGUAAUUUGUAUUGCACUGUGAAUGUGAUUCAUAAUAAACAUGGGAAAUAUCUAAA